AUGUCUUCAUUGCCCUUUAAAUGUGAUGGUGAUGGUAUUCCGCAACCAACGCCAAAUUCUAAAAGUCAAAGUUCACCAAUUAUUGUGUGUCAUGGUGAUCUGAUAACACGAGAGGCAGAUGUCAUUGUUGUUUGUUCUUCAUCUGAGUAUUUAUUUGAAAGCAUUUGUCAAGCUGGUGGUGAUCCUGUGUCGGCUUCAUACAAACAACAAAAUAGUAGAAAUCCUAAUGCACCGAUAAUUAUCGUUGAGUCAGCUGGAAAAAUUGCAUCAAAAACGAUUUACUUUCUUCCAUGGAAAGCAAAUCCGGAUGAAUCUAUACUUCGUAAAUCAAUUGAAAAUUUUGUUUCGCUUGCACUAGAAAAAGCAAUAGAACAAAAGUAUCGAAGUAUUGUAUUCCCCGCUAUUGGUUGCGGUGGAUUCGGAUGUUCGAUUCAGCUCAUUGGACGUACUAUGAUUGAAACAGUUUACAGUAAAUUAAAAACCUAUCAAAUGUCGGUUUCAUUUGUAAUACAGCCAAACAAGAAACAUAUCUAUGAUGAAUUUAAAGAGCAUGUUGACGCAUUAAAACUACCAUCAGCAUCAUCCAUUGAAUUGAGAAAAAUAGCUGCAGAUUUUGGCAAGGGAGUGAUCGAAGUUGAAAUGGGGGAUAUAACAACGCAGACGGUAGACGUUAUUGUUGGUAGCACUUCAUCUGGAAUCUUAAGAGAAAUAAUACUAAAGGCAGCUGGUAAAGAAAGUCAACUGGCAUACGAAAUUGAAAGAAGAAAUCAUCCGAAUUAUAUACUGAUUGAAAUACCAGCAGGAAGUCUACAGUGCAAAAAAAUAUUUUUUGUUAAGUGGGGGCCUAAUGAUAAUGAAGAAAUACUUCAACAAUCUCUUAUUGAUCUCAUAAAUAUUGUCGUACAGAAUGUGAUAUCACAUAAGUUUACAUCGAUUGCAUUUCCAGCCAUUGGGUGUGGAAAAAAUGCGUGCUCACUAGAUAUUGUAGUUAAAACGAUGGUUAGAGAAAUGAAAAAGCAUCUGAUCCAAAGAAAACUAUCUUGGAAAGUAAAAUUUGUAGUCAACACCAAUCAAGAAAACGUUUACGGUGAAUUUUGUAAACAAGUACUCAAAACAGAAGAUGGUUUUUAUCAACGUCCCUGCUAUCAAUUACCUGCAACAUGGGAGAAAUCGGCAGAAGAUAAAAUCCGCUUUACGUUGUCUACAAAAAUGCAUGAGUACAAAUCUAUUGCUUCUAAUUUCGACCAAACUAUGAAAGGGAAGUACACAGAUAUUAUAAAAAUCGAACGAAUUCAAAAUGAAAGAGGGUACCUGCAAUACUUAGUACAUAGUAAAGAUUUCCUAAAACGACUCAAAGUGGAUACAGAAAAACGCUUAUAUCACGGUUGUCCUGAACAAGCUGCGAAUGCAAUUAUCGUAGAAGGUUUCAACAGAAGUUAUGCUGGAGAACAUGGAACUCUUUAUGGCUUUGGUGUUUACUUUUCUUCCGAUGCAGCCUAUAGUCAUGGAUACACUAAAUCAAAUGCAAAUGAUGAGCGAUGUAUGUUUUUAGCCCGAGUUUUAAUAGGAGAAACUACCCAAGGAAAUCAUAAGAUGAAAACUCGACCACCUGGAUUUGAUUCAACUACGGAUGGUAAUCAUAUUUUCGUUACAUAUCAUGAUGCACAAGCAUUGGCCGAGUAUUUGAUUACAUACAAAUAG